CCCACCAAAAAUUAACCCCCCCUAACUUAUUUCUUCUGAAUUUAUCCAUCUCCCCAACUACCUCAUUCAUUAUUUUGCAUUGAAUUCUUCUUGAUUAUGCUGCCCAGUUUGAACAAAUACUGGAGAAUUCUCCAGAAUUCCCUCAUAAACCCUAGAUCUACUUUCGUAUUCCCUCUUCUCUCUCCUCUAACAUUUUGCGAUUCUCUCUGAUUCUCUCUCUGAAACCCUAACCAAAUCCAAAAUGAGUUCCAUCCCAAAUGAGAAGGAGUCCCCUCGUUGCAAAAAGGAAGACGGUGAUUCUCAGUCUACGCUGUACAAAUGUCAGCGCGGCACUGGAAUAAUGAAACCAGUGCGCCGCUGCUCCGUCGCCUUUUCUAGGUAUCAUCGAGGGAAAAUUGGGGCUAAAAUUGAGCCUAUAUACUCCAGUGAUGACGAGGAUGAUGUUGUUGUGGAAGAACCACCAAAACCUAAUGCUGAUGAGGCUGGAACUGGUCCAGAUCUAGGGGCCGUCGGUGGUUCUUUGGCUGUGAAGGAAGGGGUUGCAGAUCAGGACAACCCUUCUGAGGAGUCAGAUCUGGUGGUUAUGGGAAGGAGCGAGGUCAUAGUUGCUGUGGUUGAGGUGCCUGAGUCCCCUGAACCCAUUACCGAAGUUCUUCCUGAGUCGGUGCUGGGUCUUCUACAGGGAACAAAAGGGUGCGUUCUGUGUUGACGGAGGACUACAGCAACUGGGACCCUGAUUAUAUGGCUUGGUUGAGGGAGAAAUACCCUCAUGACUUCCCUCCCAGUAACUAAUCUCGCAGCCAAUUUUCUCCUAACUUUCUUCUUCUUCAGGGGGAAAUUGCAUCUUGAGAGUAAGUAAAGUGCUUUAAGGAAGAGUAGAAAAGGAUACUUGCACUUUCCAGCUACAUGUCUGAUCAUGCUGCUAGGCCUUCUCAUGACGAGGAUGCAACAUCGAUGACAUCCUUACAAGCCCAUCAGCCGAGCUGGAUGACCCGCUGGAUAAAUAACAGUUCUAAGCCAAGAUCAAUCGCUGACAAUUCCUCAUUUUUGCGCUACAAUAAAGGACAUGCUGAUACAAGAGGCUCCCUGGUGCAAAGUGGGCUUAAGACAGAAGAUAGUCUUCAAUCUGGGAAAGGAAUAAGUAAAAGUCCUGAAGAAAUAAAAACCGGGGGAUGUGUUAACAAGGAUUUGACUAAGAAACUGGGAAAUUUUAAGAAUAAACUCAGUAAUUUAUCUUUUCCAAGUCUCACCCUUGGCCAAUACAAAGAGAGUGCCUCAACAGUUGGGACAGAAGUUGAUCACGAGUUUGGCCACAAGUCCAUGGCUCUAACCUUAGCUGUUGGUAAAGAGGAUACUUCGAGGGAUUUCAAUUUGAGGAAUAGCAAGCAACAAGCUAUGUCGAAUUUAUUCCAAGAACAGAAAGGCAAAGGUGUAUCAAGAUCUUUUAACAAUAACAAAUCUGAUGCAUCAAAGCCAGUUGUGGUAUUUGAACGACACUUUUCGAAUGAUAAUUUCACAUGUUUUAGUCAGGAUCGUUGCAAGUAUCAAAAAUCCUCUUCAGUCCUGUUUCAUGAAAAGAAAAUGGGAAAUGACCUUUGUCAUGAUUCUGGAAUGAGUGAUGAAGUACGUUUGCAACAUGGUUGUCCCUCAGGGAAAAAGAAUUUUCAGUCCUUUUUUCUCAAGCUGCAGUCUCAAAAUGGGGGCCAACCCCUCGAUAGCAUUCCAUGUUCUUUCCGCAAUGUAGAGACUAUGAGGAUUUGUACAAUGGUUGAUUCUGUGGAGAAUUCACCUGGAGAUCCUCCCAAAAUUUCUCAGAGAGCCCAUCACAUUCUAUUCACCAAGGAAACUUGUGUUAAUAUGUCAAAAGGACAUCAGGUGAUGGUUGAACCAACUUCAGCUCAUCAAGAAGAGAAGACAUUUGGUGGGCCUUUUAGCAUGUUUACUAACGUUGCUCCUCGUUCAAGAGGAGUGAAUAUCCAACCUCUGUGGACCUCCACUGAUGAUAGUGAAGAGAAGGAAAAUACUGCAAAUCCUUCCAUCUGUAAAACGGGUUCAAGGAAUGAAGCAUCUGCUGAAACUAAUGGAAUGCAAGUAGAAGCUCCUAAGAACCGGCAUAAUCUAUUGGGUAUGGAACCAUCCCCAUCAACUAAGGAUGAUACUAUGGCUGAAAGUAGCCCACCAGCUGCCUGUGAUUCAAGCUCAGAGAAAACCAGAAGCAAAAGGCCUAUCACAGAGAUACCUGACAUAAAUGAAGAGGCAGAAGAGCAACCUGGGCUUCAACCUGCAGUAAGUUCAACAGAUGGAAAAGACCCAAGUACUUCAAGAGUCCGUAGUUUGAAUGCUAAACAGCUCUUCUCAUCUCAUGAACAGACCUCUGAGAGUAAUACCCGACAAGAACGUUCUCUUGGCCCAGAUUCGGGUAACAGAUGGAUUAAGCGCCUGAAGGUAAGUUCUUCUGAUUCAUUAGGGAUUGGUACCAAGAGUUCAGAUAUGGGGGAAGGCUCUUCGCAUGAGAAAUUUAAUACAUUCUUCAACAGAAUAACAAAAUACAAUAGAGAGAGCUUUGAUGCCAAGUUACGCAAGCAUCAUGGCAAGGCACAGAUGGAGAUAGAGCAAAAUGUGAAGGCUCCAAGAAAUGGUGGGUCCUCAUCCCUGGUGGCAACAAACAGGAACCGAAGUAUGCUUGGUUGUUCUUGGAUUCAGAGAUGGUGUCAGAAGAGUACUUCUCCCCCGCCAAGUAAUGCUGAGCCCCUGGUGAUCUGUGAGCCUCAUCGCUUGAAGAUAGGGCAGGAUGAGCUUGCAAAGAAACAGUUCCCAAGUAUUGCUGCCAUGGCAUUGAUGGGGAAAGCCAUGAAUGGACUCCAAUCAUGCGAAUUUAAGAAAAGAGGAUCCAUUGUAGUUUGGAAUACCAAGGAGUACUAAGAUACGUCUGCAAUGAACUACCAAAAUUAUACCGUUAAGAGAUGCUCUUGGCAAUUGUAUAAUGUGUAUAUAGAACUAUCCUUAAUUUAUUUUUUAAUCCACCAAUUGAUGGACAGGAUUAUAUUUUAGAGAACACUAGCACUCUACAUUUUUCACAGUGGGGUUCUUUACAAUGGCGGAUCCUGCAGAAGUGUUUUUCCUCCUGGAUGCAGCCACUCUGUGGCAAGACCUCUUUUUUUGGGUCUAGAAUCCAAGAGGCAUCAUUUUUCUGCAACCGAGCCUGAAAUGAUUUGCGAAGACAAUGGUGUCAUUUCUCAACAAUGAGGGAUGAUUUAAUUCUUUGGAGGCUAUGUGAGGCAUAAAUUUCUUACUCGGCAUCUCCAAACAGGUUAUGGAGAGUUCUCAAAUGAUCCCCAGUGUUUCUGCUGUAGUUUGAUGUGGUCAGUUAUCUUUUGUCAAUUAAUUCAUUAUAAAGGGAUCCUUUGUUGAUAUUUCAAUUUUAUUGUGCUUUCUUUGUAAAUUUUUGUACUCCAUUUGCCUAGUUUGUGGUUUGAGACUAUGUAGAUUGCCUUUGGCAUGAUAAUUUUCAUUCGAGAUUGUUUAUUA